ACUCCCAUAACUCACCAUGGCCGAACAAGUUGCGCGUAACUCGGCGAAACGUACGCGCGAGCUAUUCGCUGCGGAUUUCGCGUCUCCCGCUGCUCUCGACCACACCCAAGCCCUCUCUACCACCAUUCAACCCUCGACACCAGCACCCGCCGACCUGGCGCAAAAUAUCGGCAUCUCGGUUCGCAUACGCAACGAAUACGAGCAUGUACGUGACCUGCCUCCUGCACUGGCCGCGAAAAUGGCCAGCGCGGCGUCCACCGCUGCGGAGCGCCGCAAGAAGAUCAAGAUGGCAAACGCAGAAGAGCAGGCGUCCGACCCCAAGGUGCGCAAGAUGAUCGAGGGUGUGUCGGAAAAAGCAGACAAGGCAAAGGAUGCGCAAAGUAUGGCGCUGGCUGUUAGAGUUGGAGGAAAGGGCACAGCGCCGAAUGCGAAUGGGCCAACGCCUAAUAGACAUACAACGUCGAGCGCGUUGGUGAGGAAGGACACUGUCAAGCAGAACAAGCCGGAGUGGCACCGGCCAUGGAAGAUUAUGAGGGUAAUCGCUGGGUCGAACGGAUGGGUGAGGUCAGCUGCAGUGGAGCCGAACAACCAGUGGUUCGCUACCGGGUCUGCCGACCGAACCAUCAAGAUCUGGGAUUUGGCCAGUGGCGCGCUGAAGCUCACGUUGACUGGACACAUCAGCGCAGUACGUGGACUUGCUAUCUCUCCCCGGCAUCCUUAUCUGUUCUCUUGCGGCGAGGACAAGAUGAUCAAAUGCUGGGAUCUCGAAACGAACAAGGUCAUUCGCCAUUACCACGGGCAUUUGAGUGGUGUCUACAGUCUGUCGCUGCACCCAACACUCGAUGUGCUAGUGUCUGGAGGAAGGGAUGCAGCUGGGAGAGUCUGGGAUAUGCGCACUAGGACGAACGUCCAUGUUCUGGGUGGUCACAAAGGCACAAUCACAGAUGUUCAGUGUCAAGAGGCGGAUCCACAAGUCAUUACAGGCUCCAUGGACUCGACAAUCCGGCUAUGGGACCUGGCGGCAGGAAAGACUCAGACAGUACUUACCCACCACAAGAAGUCUGUAAGGACACUUGCCCUUCAUCCGAAAGAAUUCACAUUCGCUUCCGGUUCUUCGCAAUCCGUAAAGCAGUGGAUGUGUCCACGCGGAGAUUUCAUGCUGAAUAUGCAGCCCGUGAACAGCAUCGUCAACACGCUUUCUGUCAACGAAGACAACGUCAUGUUUGCGGGAGGCGACGACGGCACAGUAUCCUUCUUUGACUGGAAAACAGGGCACCGCUUCCAGCACACCGAGUCGAUUGCUCAGCCGGGAUCUCUGGACGCAGAGGCAGGCGUCAUGUGCUCCACGUUUGACAAGACAGGGCUGCGGUUGAUUACAGGAGAGUCGGACAAGACAAUUAAGAUUUGGAAGCAGGAUGAAAAUGCGACAGAAGAGACGCAUCCGCUAGAUUGGAAGCCAACGCUGGGUCGACAGAAGUUUUAAGACUGGGAUUGGUCGGGAUAUGAAGGGCUGUAUGGUACGCAUUAGCUUGGAGUUGAGAAGGCGUUUAAAACCGGGAUAUCAUUUGGCGUCAGGACUUGCGGUUUCGAGGGAGGGUAUACCAUGUAAUGGUUUGUUGGGCGGGAGGCAUUUUCCACGUCUCAGCGAACAAGAUAGGUCGAU